UAAGCAAACGCUGCCUCUGCCAAGAUGUCUGCGCCUGAUGAAGACACGUUUGCCGAGGAAAGAGGCGACAUGGAGGAGAUGGAUGAAGUUGGUAGCGACGACGACGAAGGAGUAGAGAUGGAGGAGGAAGGAGCGGACGGAGAGGGAGACAAGAAAGUGUACGUGCCCGGGAUACAGCCACUUCAGCCCGGAGAGGAGCUGGAGAUGGACCGGUCCGCGUACCGCAUGUACCACGAGUGUCAGACAGGUGCUCCAUGUCUGAGCUUCGACAUCCUGAGAGAUGGAGACGGAGACGGCAGGGAGGAGUUUCCUCUGUCCAUGCUGCUCUGUGCGGGCACACAGGCCGACACAGCUCUGAGCAACAGACUUCUCGUCAUACGCAUGCAUAACCUUCAUGGAACAGAGAAAGAGAAAGAAGAGGGGGAAGAAAGCAGCGAUGAAGAAAGCGAUGAGGAGGAAGAUGAAGAUAAGAAGCCACAGAUGGAGCUGGCCAUGAUGCCUCACUACGGAGGGAUCAACAGAGUCAGAGUGACCCGACGUGGAGAGCAGUCAUUGGCUGCCGUCUGGUCAGAGAAGGGUCAAGUAGAAGUAUUUGACCUCCGACCUCAGCUGGAAGCCGUGCACAGCUCUGCUGCCAUGGCUGCUUUCGUCAAACAGCAGAAGGAAGCCACGGCACUCUUCAGCUUCUCAGGACACAUGACUGAAGGCUUUGCACUUGAUUGGUCACCGACAGUACCUGGUCGUCUUGUCAGUGGAGACUGUAAAAAGAACAUCCACGUAUGGGAGCCACGAGAGGGCGGGACUUCAUGGCAGAUUGACCAACGACCUUUCAGCUCCCACACCAAGUCAGUGGAGGAUCUGCAGUGGUCGCCCACCGAAGCUACAGUUUUUGCAUCUUGUUCGGUGGAUCAGUCUAUUCGUAUCUGGGAUAUUCGCGCCCCGCCCAAUUCGAUGCUUUCAGCCGAUGAAGCUCACUCGUCAGACAUCAACGUGAUCAGCUGGAACAGGAGCGAACCGUUCAUCCUGUCAGGAGGCGACGACGGCCUUCUGAAAGUGUGGGACCUCCGACAGUUUAAGACCGGGCGGCCCGUGGCCAACUUCAAGCAGCACAGCGCUCCCGUCACCUCCGUGGAGUGGAGCCCCGUGGACUCGAGCGUGUUCGCCGCCUCGGGAGCGGACGACGUGGUCAGCCAGUGGGAUCUGUCCGUGGAGUCAGCUGACGUGGGUGCCAGGGUGGAGGGGGUGAAGGACUUGCCCCCGCAGCUCCUGUUCCUGCACCAGGGUCAGUCCGAGAUCAAAGAGAUCCACUGGCACCCACAGCUCCCCGGAGUGAUGGUCUCCACGGCUCUGUCAGGGUUCAACGUGUUCAGGACCAUAUCUGUGUAGUGUGUGUGUGUGUGUGUGUGUGUGCAUGUUUGAGAGAAAAACAUGAUUUUUGCAUUUCCAUGAGAAGUACACAUUUAAUGUGUAAUGAGCCGUAAACUCUAACAUGUUUCAUCAUUAAGGAGCUUGUAAUAAUGUACAUAUCUCAGCAGUGUAGGUAAUAAUUCUUCUUUUUGACAUUUAUUGGCCAAAAUAGGCGCCAUAUGGUGCUAUAAUCUUUAUCUUUGAACUCUGUACGAUUUACAGAUGUGUGAACUAUUUUAGGCAUUUCCUACCGCCUGCUUAAAAUAAACUGUUUAAAAACUG